GAAGGAGCGACGCAUGUCCAUCUACGGAAGGCUCGUUCUCCCUGUUCUUCUUCUGUCUUCUCUCUUCUCUCUCUGUCCUCCAUCAACCCUCCUCCCCAGUCAAUCAUCAUCCCCCUCUUCCCGUGGUGGCGCCCGCAGACGUGGCCCGGCUUCCACCUGCCCGCCGAAUCAUUCGACAAUGUGCUUCGCAUCCCGGGAAAUCAUCGCUUCUAGACUUCCCCGGCGAUCAGCCUUCGUCCCCCCAUACUCGGUGAAUGUCCGUAUCCACGUUGGUCCAGCUUCUCCUCCCCGGGGCUGGCUCAAUUAUGGGUCUGAGUGACUUUGCCCGUCAAAAGGAUCCGGAGAAUGCGGAGUGCGAAACGAAGAGAUGGGUCUGUCUGUCUCCCCCCCCCCCCCCCCCCG